CACAGGGACAGCACUCGAAGAAGAAGAGAAGGUUACUCCCUGCUCAGUUGAUAUUGGUGAUGCCUUCCAGAAGAUGCUGAGGAUGGAUAGAUAGAUAGAUAGAUUUAAAUCACAUGCCCCAGAUUCAAGAGGAGAGAACCAGUAAUAUUUUACUUCCUUUAAAGGAAUUAUAGUAUCUGAUUUCAAAGUCAUUCACUGCAACCUUUGUAUUGUGGGGGUUUUAACUGUUACUUUGCUUUUCUUUCCUGCUACAGCAAAGUGCAAGAUUUGUGAAUGGGCAUUUGAGAGUGAGCCAAUGUUCUUGCAGCAUAUGAAGGAUACCCACAAGCCUGGAGAAAUGCCCUACGUUUGUCAGGUCUGUCAAUAUCGUUCGUCGCUUUACUCUGAAGUGGAUAGCCAUUUCCGAAUGAUCCACGAGGACACACGGCACCUGCUCUGUCCUUAUUGCCUGAAAGUCUUUAAGAAUGGCAAUGCCUUCCAGCAGCAUUUCAUGAGGCACCAGGUAACCCAAAAGAAGAGUGUUUAUCACUGUAACAAGUGUCGUCUGCAAUUCCUAUUUGCCAAGGAUAAAAUUGAACACAAGCUGCAGCACCACAAAACUUUCCGAAAGCCCAAACAGCUAGAAGGACUGAAACCUGGAACCAAGGUUACAAUUAGAGCAUCUAGAGGACAGCCGCGGACGGUGCCAGUAUCUUCGAAUGAUGCGCCACAGGGCACCUUGCAGGAAGCCACUCCACUGACGACUUCCUCGGACCCCCAGCCCAUCUUCCUGUACCCACCCGUCCAGAGGAACAUCCAGAAGAGAGCAGUCAAGAAAAUGAGUGUCCUGGGGAGGCAGACGUGCUUGGAGUGCAGCUUCGAAAUCCCAGAUUUCCCAAACCACUUUCCUACCUACGUCCACUGUUCGCUGUGUCGUUAUAGCACUUGCUGCUCCAGAGCUUAUGCCAACCAUAUGAUCAACAACCACGUUCCUCGGAAGAGUCCAAAAUACUUGGCCUUGUUUAAAAACUAUACUGCCUGCGGGGUAAAGUUGGCUUGUGCCUCCUGUCUUUUUGCAACAUCUGAAGGUGAUGCAAUGGCCAAGCAUCUGGUCUUCAACCCAUCACAUGAGUUCAGUAACAUCAUUUUCCGAGGGCCCACUUGGAUUUCACAUUCAAGGCACAGCCAGCCCCAUGACGGAAUCAUGAAGAAUAUAUACUCCACCUAUCCCCCAAGUAAAGCUGCUACUGUGAAAUCAAAGCCUUCGUUACCUGAGAAGGAUGAGUUGGAGCCUGAAGCAGUGCCAGAGGCAUAUAAGAGACCUGUAGUUAGUCAGGAGGAAGAGUGCUUAAAUAUUGAUGAUCAAGAAGAAGAACAGCCAGCAAAAGAGCCCGAACCUGUAAGCAAAAAGGAACAACUGUCUGUGAAAAAGCUUCGUGUUGUACUGUUUGCUUUGUGCUGCAACACUGAACAGGCAGCAGAGCACUUCAGGAAUCCUCAGAGGCGUAUCCGGCGCUGGCUGCGGAGGUUUCAAGCUUUCCAAGAAGAUAACUUAGCAUCUUUGUCAGAAGGCAAGUACCUCAGCUUGGAGGCUGAAGAGAAGCUAGCAGAGUGGGUCCUCACACAAAGAGAGCAGCAGCUGCCUGUGAAUGAGGAAACUCUCUUUCAGAAGGCAACCAAGAUUGGCCGGUCCCUUGAGGGAGGCUUCAAGAUCUCCUACGAAUGGGCAGUGAGGUUCAUGCUCAGGCACAACCUCAGCAUGCACACCCGCAGAGCGGUGGCUCACCCUCUCCCCAAAGACGUAGACGAAAAUGCCAGCUGCUUCAUUGAGUUUGUGCAGCGGCAGAUCCACACCCAGGACCUGCCGCUGUCCAUGAUCGCAGCCAUUGAUGAGAUCUCUCUUUUCCUUGAUGUGGAGGUACUGAGCAGCGACGACAGGAAAGAGAAUGCGUUGCAGACAGUGGGGACCGGGGAGCCCUGGUGCGACGUUGUCCUCGCUAUCUUAGCUGAUGGCAGCAUUCUGCCAACACUAGUGUUCUACAGGGGUCACGUAGAGCAGCCUGCCAAUGUGCCGGAGUCUAUUAUAUUGGAAGCAAAGGAGAAUGGGUACAGCGAUGAUGAAAUCAUGGAGCUGUGGUCUUCUAGAGUGUGGCAGAAGCACACGGAGUGCCAGAACAGCAAGGGCAUGCUGGUGCUGGAUUGCCACCGAACACAUCUGUCUGAAGAGGUACUUUCCUUACUGAAUGCAUCCAGCACUCUGCCAGCCGUAGUCCCUGCUGGCUGCAGCUCCAAAAUCCAACCCCUGGAUGUGUGCAUAAAAAGGACUGUGAAAAACUUCUUGCAUAAAAAGUGGAAAGAGCAAGCCAAGGAAAUGGCGGACUCCACAUGCGACUCGGACAUUCUCCUCCAGCUGGUUUUAUGCUGGCUGGCGGAGGUUCUGGAAGUCAUUGGCGACUGUCCUGAACUUGUGCAGCAGUCCUUCCUGGUGGCUAGCGUGCUGCCUGGCCCCGAUGGCACGGCCAACUCUCCCACACGCAAUGCUGACAUGCAGGAGGAGCUGAUCGCCUCUCUGGAGGAGCAGCUGAAGCUGAGCGAUGAGCUGCAGGACGAAGAAGUUGGAUUCCAGGAUAGGACCCGUGCCGAAGAAUCUACAGACCCAGAAAUCCUCCACCAGCUCUUUGAAGGGGAAAGCGAGACUGAAUCCUUCUAUGGCUUUGAAGAUGCUGAUUUGGAUCUGAUGGAAAUCUGAGCACUAAUCUGAGAAUCAUGAUCCAGAAAGGGUUAUUUUUUAAAUAAAUGUUGGAUGAGACCAUUACACUUCCCUGUGGAUUUGUGGGAUUAGGAAAUUUGUAGGUGAUCACUCAGAUUAAUAGCCAUUUAUGCUGUUCAUUUAUAAGUUUUGUGCUUUUUUUAAAAAAAAAAAAGAAAGAAAUCACUGUGUUGGUAUUUUCUGACGCUAUAUUGUGGGUGAAUAUUUUUGCGUUUUCUUUACCUCACUGUAUCAUAGUUUUCUGUUUUAUUGUGCAAAAAUGUUUUGAAUUAUACUACAUCGUCAAUGUGACCAUUUCUAAAGAAAGGAAAAAAAAAUAUGUAGCUAAUGAACCAGUAUAUAAAUCUUUUGGUUGUCUUAACACAGAUUUUUUUUUAUUUUUUUUUUAACAUUUGACCCAGAGAUUUAGGUUUCUGUAGUAACUUUAGAUAUGAAUUAUUGCUUUAAUGUGUGAAACCUUCUAUUAUUGGCCAUUGAGAUUUGGGUUUUUGUUUCUUUUUAAAAAAAGAAAAAGAAGAGCAAUGACUUUGCUUGUGAAUCUUGACACGGGGUAAAACACGGGGAUAGAAUUUUGCCUGUUCAAUGCCAGCAACGGUUCUUAGGAGCCAUUAGUAUUUGAACUGGGGUUGAACUGAGAUCUAUAUUUAGGGAGUUAGGUGCAGUGUUAAAGCCAGCCUCUCGUUUUUGAGUAGACUUCAUGACAACUGGAGGACACUGUGUGGGAUGGUUUCAUUCCUCCACCCAGGAAACCAUCUGACACCCACCCACCUUGCUCCAAAGAAUUACUGACAGAGGGUACAUGACGGAAGAGACAAGCCAAGCCUGUCUUGAUCUUCCUGUACAAUAGAUGGGAGCUAAAACUAUAUGGACCAUUAAACAACCUUUUUAAACUACUAGUAGUUGAUAAACCUGCUUUAACCAGUGGCAUCAGACACUACGUUCCUUAGAAUUAGAAAAUCUGAUUUAAUGAAACAAACUGUGAUGUGCACAAAAGGAAGACAUUUGUUUUUAUUUUUCACUGCCAACUUAAAUUUUUCUAUAAUUUGCAUGUUUGAGGGUUUUUUAAUUGUAUGUAUUAUGGUAUAAACUGAAAGCAUUUUGACAUACAAAAAUCAGAAGCACCUGCACCUUUCUGUUUCCAUAGAGGUUUUUGAGAACCUUCCCUAUUACCCAAGGAAAGCAGGAGGCAGCAUGUGCAGACCUGUAAAUGGUUCAUCUUUAAAGUGUACAUAAGUGGAACAUUUAAUAAAACCAGGGAAAUGGA